AUGUUAAAGAAGGAAUCAUUUCAGUGGUCAGAAGAAGCUGUAGCUGCUUUUAGGGCUCUGAAGGAGGCUAUAACCUCAGCACUUGUGCUGGUAUUACCUGAUUUCUCUCAAGAUUUCAUUAUAGAAUCUGAUGCUUCAGGAGGAGGAUUGGGAGUUGUGCUUAUUACUCAGCUAUGGCCUAGAAUCGUAGCUUCUUGGGCAUUUGACAGUAAGCUGGUGAAGAUUAUCCAUGACCUGAGUUGUGAACAGACUGAGCAAAUAUGCUCAUUUCCUCAGCUUGAAACAUCCUUAUACAACUUUGAAUGUGGACCGACUUAUUAUGGAUGGUUUUUUUUUGGGCUGCAUAGGUUACCUCAGUCAAUCGUCUCUGAUAGGGAUGUUAUCUUUCUCAGUAAGUUCUGGCAAGAGUUCUUUAAGUUGCAGCAAGUCAAUCUCCACAUGUCUUCAGCCUAUCACACUCAGAGUGAUACCAAACGGAGGUUGUGA